UAAGUAAGAUUAGGGAGGUAAGGCAAUAAAUAGGCCGUAGUGGCAAAAUAAUUACAAUUUCGCAAAUAAACACUGGAGUGAGAUGUGCAGAAGAUGAAUGUGCAAAUAGAGAUACAGUGGUGCAAAGGAGCAAAAAAAUAAAUAUAUAAAAAUAAAUAACAAUAUGGGGAUGAGGUAGUUGGAUGGGCUAUUUACAGAUGGGCUACAUACAGGUGCAUGAUCUGUUAGCUGCUCUGAUAGCUGAUGCUUAAAGAUAGUGAUGGAGAUAAGAGUCUCCAGCUUCAGUGAUUUUUGCAAUUCGUUCCAGUCAUUGGCAGCAGAGAACUGGAAGGAAAGGCAGCCAAAGGAGAAAUUGGCUUUGGGUGAAAAAUACCUGCUGGAACGUGUGCUACGGGUGGGUGCUGCUAUGGUGACCAGUGAGCUGACAUAAGGCGGGGCUUUACCUAGAAAGGACUUAUAGAUGACCUGGAGCCAGUGGGUUUGGCAACGAAUAUGAAUCGAGGGCCAGCCAACGAGAGCAUACAGGUCGCAGUGGUGGUUAGUAUAUGGGACUUUGGUGACAAAACGGAUGGCACUGUGAUAGACUGCAUCCAAAUUGCUGAGUAGAGUGUUGGAGGCUAUUUUGUAAAUGACAUCGCCGAAGUCAAGGAUCGGUAGGAUAGUCAGUUUUAUGAGGGUAUGUUUGGCAGUAUGAGUGAAGGAUGCUUUGUUGCGAAAUAGGAAGCUGAUUCUAGAUUUAAUUUAGGAUUGGAGAUGCUUAAUAUGAGUCUGGAAGGAGAGUUUACAGUCUAACCAGACACCUAGGUAUUUGUAGUUGUCCACAUAUUCUAAGUCAGAACCGUCCAGAGUAGUGAUGCUAGGGGGGUGGCAGAUGCGGGCAGUGAUCGGUUGAAGAGCAUGCAUUUAGUUUUACUUGCAUUUAAGAGCAGUUGGAGGCCACAGAAGGGGAGUUAUAUGGCAUUGAAGCUCGUCUGGAGGGUUGUUAACACAGUGUCCAAAGAAGGGCCAGAAGUAUACAGAAUGGUGUCGGUUGCGUAGAGGUGGAUCAGAGAAUCACCAGCAGCAAGAGCGACAUCAUUGAUAUAUACAGAGAAAAGAGUCGGCCCGAGAAUUGAACCCUGUGGAACCCCCAUAGAGACUGGCAGAGGUCCGGACAACAGGCCCUCCCAUUUGACACACUGAACUCUGAGAAGUAGUUGGUGAACCAGGCGAGACAGUCAUUUGAGAAACUGUUAAGGGAUUUUUUUAUCAAUAAUGACUAAUUAUGUAUACAUUUCAAUCAGGAUUGACUAAUCAGAAUACUAUUAUGUUACUGUAUAAGAUGUAUGAAUUGUAUUUGAAUCCUAGUACUGAAUACAAUGUGUGUAAUUAUAAUCAAGAAUUAGAACAAUGACUGUCUGUUCCUUGGUAGAAACGAAUGAACUUAUCGUCAGACUGGCUAGAAUGCUUAUCUACACAGGAAGACCUUGGCUCGGUCAUAAAUUAUCUAAAUUGGUGGGAGACGAUGUGGGAAGGCUUGAGAACUACACUGCCAUUGUACCGGAGUGGAGAAGAGACGGGGCAGUUCGAAAACUAAUGACGUCAUUUUCAGUUUAUGACCUGUGGUAAAUUGUAUCGUGUUCAGUACUCUCGAGAAUAAACGCUAGUGCUUGAUUUUGAGACUGGUCUCCGCCCAUUUUAAGCAAAUACGUUUCUUACAAACUUACAAACUAUUACAAACUAUUUAUUUACUACUUACAAACUAUUAAUGUAAAACCAUCUGAGAUCAAAAAAUAUAUAUUUAUGUAUAUACAAAAAUAAUUGACAAACUAAAGGGUGUGCAAUUCUGAGCCUUGUUUGAAGUCACCAGGUCACAUGACCAAGGAGCUAUUGAAAUUCUAAAAUGUGUAAAAUGCAUGUAAAACCAUGUGAGAUAAAAAUGGACAUACUCAAGGGUGUGCAAUGUGUAGGCCCACUGAGUGGACAUUCUGAAACGUGCUUGAAUUCACCAGAUCACAUGACCAAAGAGCUAUUGAAAUUCAACAUUUUGAAAAAUUCAUGUAAAACCAUUUGAGAUGAAAAUGGACAAACUACAGGGUGUGCAAUGUGUGUCUAUGCCAUCGGGUUAGCUACAACCAAUUUUGAAAUUGUUAGGAGUAAUGGUUAAAGAGCUAUUGAAUUUUGAAAAUGUUGAUUUGUCACUAUGUUGCCGGUCCCUAACUGCUGUUGGUGGAUGUAAGGAAAACUACAGGCGAAUAUCCGUCGAAUAUACAACCUGAAACUAACUUUACCUCGGUGCUAAUAUUGUGUCUUCAGAUCAGAGAAGGAGGAGAGGAGAUGAGAUGAGAUUUAGGGCAGGCGUUUUUAGUCUAAACUAUUGAGAUGGACUUGCUCCGCGAAUUUAUUAUAACUGAAGCACUAUUCUCGGGCCCGGAUGUAGCACAACUACCACGGUUGAACGGUAUGCAAACUAGAACUGUCUCCAACAUGUAUGUACAACAAUAUGUAUAGCAGUGCCGCCUACCAAUACAGAAGUGGAUACAAGUUUCCCCCGAAGUAACCACAGCUGUUGAUACCAGCAGUAUAUCUGCCAACCUGGUCUCAGAGCAUUACGUAUUAAUCUGUAUGUUCCGAAGCAGUCCAUUUCGUACGAUUUUUAUUUAUUUUAUUUUUAUUUAACCUUUAUUUAACUAGGCAAGUCAGUUAAGAACAAAUGUUUAUUUACAAUGAUGGCCUACCUCGGCGCCACUUGUGCGCCGGUCUAUGGGACUCCAAAUCACGGCCGGAUGAUACUGUAUGUUACGUUUUGUAUGCAACCAGUGAUCCAGGUCAACAGCAUCAAUGUAACAGUAUAACUUUAAACCGUCCCCUCGCCCAUACCCGGGCGCAAACCAGGGAUCCUCUGCACACAUCAACAACUGACACCCAGGAAGCAUCGUUACCCAUAGCUCCACAAAAGCCACACUACUUCAAGGUCUCAGAGCAAGUAACGUCACCGAUUGAAACGCUAUUUAGCGCGCACCGCUAACUAAGCUAGCCGUUUCACAUCCGUUACAUAUGUACUAUGUUAAGUCUUGUCUAUGAGACCAGGUUGCAACACAACACCUUCUGACAAAAUCCACUCUUGCCAGAUCGUGACUAUGUUUGCACUGCGCCCGCCAAGUACAUGUUAUUGACGGACAAUCUGAAGCUGUGGUAGGCCGUUACCUCUCUAAAAGUCCUGCAUCAUCCCCGUGACAUGCUUCACUUUUGUUUUGUGUGAACUGUUAGUUCAAGUUGUUCUCUCCUUCCUGCUCAGGGAAUGCAGCCAUUCAAAUAAACUGUCUGUUAUAUACUAGCUUUUUAUAGUGUAAGUCUCUCCCCCGUCUCUCCAAUGCUACUGGGACUACUGAAUGAUCGGCUAUUUUUAUUUUUAGUUGAACCUUUAUUUAACUACAGAACACGGUUUAUGUGACAGACAUGGAUUUGGACCUGGGAGGGAUAUUUCUAGAGAAUAGCACCUAUAACUACGAUGGGGACUAUGUUUAUAAAGAGGAAUGCUCCCCUGAAGAUGGCGUUGGAGUGCGUUUUGGCACGGUGUUCCUCCCAAUGCUCUACUCCCUGAUGCUGGUCCUGGGGCUAGUGGGUAACGUGCUGGUCCUGGUGGUUCUGGUCCAGAGGAGGCGGAGCUGGAGCGUGAUGGACACCUUCAUCCUGCACCUGGGCUUGGCCGAUACCCUGCUGCUGGUCACCCUGCCCCUCUGGGCUGCGCAGGCAGCUGAGGAAUGGAGCUUCGGGACCCCCCUCUGCAAGAUCACUGGAGCCAUGUUCACAAUCAACUUUUACUGUAGCAUCUUCCUGCUGGCCUGCAUCAUUCUGGAUCGCUACCUGUUGGUGGUCCACGCAGUCCAGAUGUACUCUCGCAGGAAGCCCUGGAUGGUGCAGGCCAGCUGCCUGUCCGUGUGGCUCCUCUCCAUCUUCCUCUCCAUCCCAGACUGGCACUUCCUGGAGUCUGUGAGGGACACCAGACAAGACAAACAGAAGUGUGUCCACAAUUACCCGUCUCUCUCCCAGUCUGGGUUUGACUGGCGUCUGGCCUCCCGCCUGCUCUACCAUACAGUGGGCUUCCUCCUCCCCUCUGCCGUGCUGCUCUUCUGCUACUCCUGCAUCCUGCUGCAGCUGCAGCGUGGCUCCCAGGGCCUCCAGAAGCAGAGGGCCGUCCGGGUCAUCCUGGCCCUGGUGCUGGUCUUCUUCCUCUGCUGGACGCCCUACAACAUCACCUUAAUGGUGGACACCUUUCAGGGGAGGCCUGGGGAGCCUGUUUCUGGGUCCUGUGAGAACGGGAGGACAGCUCUGGAGAACAGUCUGGUGGUUACGUUCGCUCUAGCCUGCCUGCACGCUUGCCUCAACCCAGUGCUCCAUCUCGGACUGUGUAGAAACUUCCGGCGACGCGUGCUGGAUAUGGUGAGGUGUGUUGAGGGGGUGCAGAACGAUCCGAAACUCUCACUAUGGGAUUCAGGUGUGGUUGAAGACUCACCUGACCAAGCAGAGGAGAUGGGGACGUUGAACCCAAUGACAACCAUGGGACAGGUACAGUCCACCCAGAGCUGAUGGGUAGGAAGAGGAUCCUAAUGACUAAUAUAGUAUGUCUUCCUGCCUUGAGGGGAAGUUGUAUGGGUCUGGGGACUGGUGGAUGACCGUAACCUGGGUCAUGGGACUGGGGGCUGGUGGAUGACCGUAACCUGGGUCAUGGGUCUGGGGGAUGGUGGAUGACCGUAACCUGGGUCAUGGGUCUGGGGGCUGGUGGAUGACCUUAACUUGGUUCAUGAGAGAAAGACAUGCAUAGUAGAAAGCCCCUUAUGUGGACUGCUUUCUUUGAAUUGCACUUUAAUGGAUAACGCUCAAACUAAAUGUAUAUUUGUAUAAAGUCAGUGGGUUGUCUGAUCUUCACAUUUUGUUUUACCUAUCGAUGUCGUCCGGCUCUGUAGAAUCUGUUGGAAAGAUUCAUGCAUUAAUUAUUCAAACCUAUAUCUAUUGUAUUAUUAUUUUUACAGAGCACUUCACUGAAUGUAAUGGAUUUUAGAGUAAACGAUGUUUUCAGCAGACACAUACAUCAUACAUUUAGAUUUUUACACUCCCCUACAUAUUUAUUUGGAAUGUGAAGCUAAAACAUUUUAUUUGGCUCUAUACUCCAGCAUUUUGGAUUUGAAAUCAAAUGUUUUGUAUUAGGCGAUGGUACAGCAUGUCACCUUUUAUUUGAGGGUGUUUUCAUACCUACUUGUUUUACUGUUUAGAAAUGAAUGCACUUUAUGUAUCUAGUCCCCCUAUUAGAAGGUGUCAUAAGUAUUUGGACCAAUUCACUUUAGUGUGUUAAAUUUACGUAGUCAAAAGUUGAGUAUUUGGUCCCAUAAUUCUAGGACGCAAUGACUACAUCAAGCAUGUGACUCUACAAACUUGUUGGAUGCGUUUGCAGUUUGUUUUAGUUGUGUUUCAGAUUAUUCUGUGCCGAAUAUAAAUUAAUGGUAAAUAUUGUAUUGUGUCAUUUUGGAGUCACUUUUAUUAUAAAUAAUAAUAAAAUAUGUUUUCUUCUAUAUUAAAAUGGCUACCAUGAUUACGGAUAAUUCUGAAUCAAUCAUGAUUAAUGAUGAGUAAGACAGUUACAGAUGCACAAAGAUCAUGCCCCCCAAGACAUGCUAACCUCUCGCCAUUACCAAUAACAGGGGAGCAUAGGAUUUUCUUAGGAAUAUGAUAUUUAUAUAUCUGUAACUUUCUCACUCAAUAUUAUUCACGAUUCAUUCAUAAUUAUCUGUAUGAAGAAAUCCCAACAUUUUCUCACAGAAUAUUACAUUUUUAGUAGGACUUGUAUAUAAUAAUAUUAUUAUUAUUAUUACUUGUAUAUGUUACUGUCCUAUUGUGUAACUAUAAUGUUAUAUUAAACAAGUAUAUC